CAACCGCAAUCGUACGGCCACAAACUUUCAAAAUUACCCUAGCGAUUGCAUACACACCCGUUGAUUCCCGUUGACACCUCGUUCCUCUUUACUCCCCGGCUAAGCAAGAUCCCUACAAUCCCAUAUUCUUUUUCCCCCAAUUCCUUCGUUUUCAGGACAUUUUACUAGAAUUUUUUGUUCUGAAAAAAUGGAAAAUUCAUCUGAUUUAAAGAAGGACGAGGAGGACUUCAUUAAACUUCCAGAAUCUAAUAGUCCGGGGGGUGGAAGUGUAAAUGGGAACAAUCAUAGUAGUAUGCCUAGUGAAGCUGACAGUCAACCUAUUGAUUCUGGUGUUAAGGAAGGCCAACUAAAUGGGGAGGUCGUAGUUAUUGAAAAAAUCGAACAUGCCCAAGUUACAUUAACUGAUAAUAAGGAACAUGAUUUAACCAGUGUCGAAGUAAACACUUCUACAGUUAUAGAAAAUAGAAUUUCAGUUUCUGUUGAGAAUGGUUCAUUAGUCCAAGAUGGAACUCAUAAGCGAACUGCAAGUCCUAGCCGCAACUCUGAGAUUGAUGCCGUAUCUGGUAGUAAAAGACCACGAAUAACCGUUGAUGAACAGCAAGCUUCAGUCCAUAUCGUUUAUAAUUCUAUAACAAGAGAGAGUAAACAGAAGCUUGAGGAGUUGUUACAAAAGUGGUCAGAAUGGCAUGCUCGACAUACUUCUUCAUCUCGUGAUUCAAAGGAUGAGCUAGAGUCCGGUGAAGGGACCUAUUAUCCAGCUCUAAAUAUCGGUUCGGACAAAUCUUCUGCAGUGUCCUUCUGGAUGGAUGGUCAAACUAGAAAUUUGCAAAGCAAGGAAGUUAUAACUUUAGAUAACAAUUCGGUCCCGCUUUAUGAUCGCGGGUAUUCUUUCGGCUUAACAUCAGCAGAUGGUCCGAAUAAUUUAGAGGGAGGAUUGGAAAUAGUAGACGGUUCUCGUUGCUUCAAUUGUGGUUCAUAUAACCACGCACUAAAAGAAUGCCAAAAGCCGCGUGAUAAUGCUGCUGUUAAUAAUGCUCGUAAACAACACAAAGCUAAACGUAAUCAGAAUUCAAUAUCUCGUAACCCGACCCGAUAUUAUCAAGACACACCCGGCGGAAAGUUUGACGGUUUAAGGCCCGGUGUCCUAGAUCCAGAAACACGAAAGCUUCUGGGCCUUGGGGAGCUGGACCCACCUCCAUGGCUUAACCGAAUGCGGGAGAUCGGUUACCCACCAGGAUACCUAGACGCGGAAGAGGAGGAUCAGCCAUCUGGGAUUGAAAUAUUCGGCGACGACGAGGUUGUUGUUAAGCAAGAAACAGAGGAUGGUGAAAUCCUUGAUAUGAAUAUAUCCCCUCCUCAUGGUGGUGGUGAGCCGCCUAAGCCCGAACCACCGAAGAAAAUGAGUGUUCAGUUUCCAGGAGUGAAUGCCCCGAUUCCGGAAAACGCUGAUGAAUGGCGGUGGGGAGCAAGGGCGUGGAAGUUUGAUCUACCUAGAAGUAGAUCAUCAAACCACAGGUAUCAUGAUUCAACAGAAUCUCCUGCAAGUAGUAGACACCGUUAUCCUGAAGAUAGGUGGAACCGCGAUUAUAGGGACGAUGGGCCGCCUGGAGUUGACCCGGUCAUCGGUUCCUUGCCGUCUAGCUUCUCGCCUAGGUACCCUGGUUAUGACUCUAGAGGGUCGAGUUAUGGAAGACGAAGCCCGUUGAUACGUGAAACGAGUUCGAGUCACGAUGAUGAUCGGUGGCACCCUUACUCGUCUGACUCUUCGUCCCACCGAAGGGAGCGCCAUGAAGACCGCCACCAUCGUAGUUGGCGGUAACAUGGGAGGUGUUUUCUAUUUAGGGGCAGAAAAAGCAUCAGGUGUACAUGGGUUAGAUGAGAUGAGUUGACAGUUGGUUAGCAAAAGAUGCUUGUGCUUUUGUUAGUUUAGCCUCGGUCCCAGUAUAUUUUACAACUAUACCCUUAUGAUCUGUGUUUUGUUUAACGGUGUACUUUUUAGACUAUGAUGUGUUGUAAACCGUAGUGUUUGGUGGGAUUAGCUAUUUAUCUCUCAUGGUUCCUUUCAUUAGCAACAUGUUACUUGAUCGCU